UGAGGAGUUUCUGCAGUGUCGGCUCGGUUUUUGCGGACUGCGGGUGUUCAGUUGUCAGCUGGGAUCCCAGAUGGAGCUGCCGUGAGCAGUGAUCAUCUAUUGGUGUUUUUCAAGAUUUGAUGUCAAUUCAAUGACUAUGGGGAAUCAGUUGGCACCUGUACCUCCUUUCCUACCUCACUUGCAGGCUCUGCAUGUGGUCGUAGUUGGAUUAGAUGCAGCUGGCAAAACAUCUCUGCUUUACCGUCUGAAGUUUCAGGAGUUUAUCAAGAGUGCACCUACCAAGGGCUUCAACAUGGAGAAGAUCCGGGUGCCACUGGGAACCUCUCGCAUCAUUACUUUCCAAGUAUGGGAUGUGGGUGGUCAGGAAAAGCUACGUCCUCUCUGGAAAUCCUACAUGCGCCGAACAGAUGGGGUUGUUUUUGUAGUGGACUCAGCAGAAGUUGAACGUUUGGAAGAGGCUCGAGUUGAAUUGCAUAAAAUUGCCCAUUCCUCAGACAACCAGGGAAUCCCUGUGCUUGUGCUGGCCAAUAAACAGGAUGUGUCUCAUGCACUCUCUGUAGCUGAGGUAGAGAAGCACCUUGGCUUACAUGAACUGUACACUUCAACAUUGAGCCACAUCCAAGGUUGCAGUGCCAUUAGUGGUCUAGGCCUCCAGCCAGCCCUGGAAAAACUGUAUGAAAUGAUUCUCAAACGCAAAAAACUCCUUCGUAAUGGUAAGAAGAAGUGCUGAGAAACAAUGUUUCCACCUGGACAAAAGUUAGUAAUCAUUCCAAGCAUGAUUCAUGGCAACUAAUGAACCAAGUCUUCAGUUUCUUCCUUGGUGGUUUUUAAUUAUUGGACAAAUGAGUUGUUGAAUAUCUAGACAUUUAUCAUUUCUACUUUCCUGUUACCCUAAAGAGAAUGAGCAUCUGUCCAGACUGAAGGAGAAACUUUUUUCAAAGUAGAGGGUUGUGCUCUAUGAGUUCAGCAAUCCUUUCAUACUUAACUUUACCUUUAAAAAAUAUCUUCUUGGGCUCUUUUCAAAGACUCUUGUUUUUUACAGAAAGCAUAACUUAAAUUAAACAGUUUGAUUGUGGACUUAGGUAAAGCAUCUUUGUCAUCUUCAAUAUAUUAGUCAGACAACUGGAGUGUGGAGAGGCUACUAACUUUUUUGGGAAAAAGCAAGCAUUAGAUGUUAUUUUCUGGAAGGACCAGUAACCUUUCACCUUCAGCAAAGCCCUGCUGGACCUCAAGGCACUAUAUAGAUGUCACUCUUCUCAGCAUUUGCAGAUUACAUGGAACAAGAAGAAUGAGGAAAAGCAGCUGCAACUGUUUAUAUUUUCUUGAAUCCCUCUCUUGUUCUAAUUAUGGGAGUCUAUUUGUUUUUUUAAAUGAAACAGCAACUCCUCCAUCUCCUUAAGAGCGAAGUAUGCCUUAUUCCCAGAUAGACUAAAGCUUUGGCAUAGAACAUUUCAGAAAUAAAAUGUUGGAUAUAGCUUUGUCUGAGAAGAUGAAUUGUCUUUGAAUGUUAUGUUUGGAGAGAAAGGUAAAGGGAUAGAGCAGUUCAUGAAAUGAGAGGAUCAUGAAUGGCUCUAAAAUUGCAGGUGUUUCUUUUCUGAUAAUACUUCCCACUUCCAAGCACAACUACCAGAAAACUAGAUGUGGCAUUUGGCUUAUACUUUGACAAAGAGUUUUAAUUGAGGCAGAACUUCCAAAUGAAUUUUUCAAUGCCUAGGUUCUUCUUACACAGUAAAGAGUAAUUUAAUAAAGCAAAAAAAAAUGUUACAAGAAUAAAAUGCAACUGCAUACAAUUAAUAAAUUCAGUAACUUCAUACUGUGAGUUUUUU